CCUGUGUGCUGGCUGGCUGCGGUAUUACUGUGGCUACAGUCGCUACGACAGGCUCAGCACAGGUCAUUUGCAUACUUUAUGGCUGCAGGUAGAAGCAGAUAGCAACUCUGAGAGGCAGGCAGGUAGCGUGAGAGAGUAAGGGAUGAUGAAAACGUGACUCUGAGUCAUAAGGGCCCGCAGUUAAAACCGAUCCAAUCCAUCUCUAGGCUCUAAAGAUGUGCUGAUGGGUGAAAGGCACACAGCUCCCAGGGUUUAUUAAGUGGGCCAGUUGCCAUAGCGACGCUUUGGCAGGAUAUUGCCAGGAUAAGCCGUAAUGGGUCUCCUGACGCAGUUCACUCUGCUCCUGUGGAAGAACUUCACUCUCCGGAAGAGACAAAAGGUGCGGCUGGUGGUUGAGGUAGUGUGGCCUCUGUUCCUCUUUAUCAUACUGGUGUGGGUGCGAUCCACCAAUAAGCCAAUUUACAAAGGCCAAUGUCACUACCCAAACAAAGCCAUGCCCUCGGCUGGCGUGCUGCCUUGGAUUCAAGGCAUGAUGUGUAACAUGGACAAUCCCUGUAUGAGCUAUCCAACGCCAGGGGAGGCACCAGGCCAAGUCAAUAACUUCGACAACUCCAUAAUUUCUCAGAUGCUGAUAGAGCUGCAAACCGCCCUGGUGGAUAGAUCUAUUCUCACCAAAGCACAGUCCGUAUCAGACAAUGUCGACCUUUGGGCUUCAAUCCUGUCACAGUCUGACCCUGCUAAUGCUCAAUCGGUCAUCUUAAGGAGUGUUCUGAGAGACGACGAAACUUUCUCCACACAUCUGGAAGAGGAUUUAUCAGUGCCACCAGCAGUGAUCCAAAGCCUCAUGAAUGCAGAGAUUCAACUCAGUCCAGUGAUGGACACGCCGCGGCCAGGCAACCUGAGGCGCAUCCUGUGCGAGGGGACAGAUCUGGAUGAGUAUGUCCAAUUUCGCAGCCAAGCCGAAAAGGAGGCUUUUCAAAAUGUCAGCUGCUCCCUCAGUCCGCAGCAGCUCAUUAACACCCAGCAAGUACUUCUGCAGAACCUGGAUGGCAGGAAAGUGUUUUCUAAGCUACCAUCAGCUUUGGACUUAAAUUCUGCAGACAUAGUGACGCUAAUGAGGAAAACCACCCAGGAUGCAUUUCAAGUGUUUGAAGAGGUUUCAAGGUUGCAGAACUCCAUGAUCUUUAAGGCUGCAAGCUCACUGGAUUUCCAAGAGGACAUGAUUGGCAGUAUCAGUAUGCUACUGUGUGGAAAGGAGGCUGACUUCAAUUCCACCAAUAUGACCCUCGGUUUAUCCUCACCUAGACAGACGGCUAACUACAAGUCAAUUUCCAUUAUGCGCAACAGUUCCGGUGACUUUUGUCAGACUCUCAUCGACACCCUGGAGAGCUCAAGUAGUCUGCGCUACUUUUGGAGCGCCGUCAAGCCGUUGCUGCUCGGGAGAGUCGUCUACACACCUGAUACACCCGCUGCCCGGCUGCUGGUCACAGAAGCUAAUAGCACGUUCGACGCCUUGGCGAAGAUAAAGGAGCUUGCUGAUUCUUGGGACGAACUUGGGCCACGUGUCUGGGAUUUCUUUCAAAACAGCACUCAAAUCAAUACAAUGCGGGCUUUGCUCGCAAAUCCUGUCUUCGCCGCUGCCCUCGACGAGCGUCUAAACAGCACCGGAUUGACCGCCGAGAUGAUCCGCAACUUCUUGUACAACGGGCCUCCAGAAGAUCGGCCGCCCGGAGCUCCGCCUUUUGACUGGAGGGAUGCUUAUAACAGCACCACCCAAAUCCUGCAGCUUAUCUCCAAGUUCCUCGGCUGUUUCGAUCUGAAUAAGUUCGAGGCAGCUCCCACUGAAGGCCAUCUGGUGACCAGAGCCUUGGAUCUGCUGGGAAAUGAUACGUUCUGGGCUGGUUUUGUCUUUGAAAACCUGCAGGAAAACUCCAGCGACAUCCCUCCUUACGUCAAGUACAAAAUCCGCAUGGACAUCGAUGAGGUGGAGCAAACCAACAAAAUAAAAGAAAGGUUAUGGUCUCCCGGAGCCCGAGACAACUCUGCCAGCGACCUGCGCUAUAUAUGGGGCGGCUUCGCCUACCUGCAGGAUAUGAUGGAUCAUGGCAUUAUACGAGCGCAAACGUCCAAGACCCAACCGCUCGGUGUUUUUGCCCAGCAAAUGCCGUAUCCGUGCUACGUGGACGACGUCUUCAUACAGAGCAUUGGAGCCAUGCUCCCCAUGUUCCUGGUGCUGGCCUUCAUGUACACUGUGAGCAUGACCAUCAAGAGCCUGGUGCUGGAGAAAGAACUGCGGCUCAAGGAGGUGCUUCGUGCCGUUGGCUUUCAAAACGGUACCCUUUGGUCUGCGAGGUUUGCAGAGAACAUUGUCCUGCUCACGGUUCCCUGUGUGCUCAUAAGUGUCAUGGUUAAGUACGGCAAAGUCCUGCAGUACAGCGACCCCUCGGUAAUCUUCGUCUUCCUGCUGGUGUUCUGCCUGGCCACCGUCACUGAGUGCUUCUUCAUUAGCGUCUUCUUCUCUAAGGCCAACUUAGCAGCGGCGUGCGGCGGCCUCAUCUACUUCGUCCUCUACCUGCCUCACGUCCUCUGCUACGCCUGGAGCGACGUCAUGGGUUUCCAGGCCAAGGUCGCCGUGAGUUUAUUAUCCUGUGUGGCUUUCGGUUACGGCUGUGAAAGCUUUGCUAAGUACGAGCAGCAAGGCAUCGGCAUCCAGUGGCACAACAUCAACAAGAGUCCGGAGGAAGGAGAACGCUACACCUUCGUCAUCUCCAUCGUCAUGAUGCUGGUCGAUGCCGUUAUACACUGGCUGCUCACCUGGUACAUCGAGAACGUCUUCCCGGGCCAGUAUGGAAUCCCCAAGCCGUGGUACUUCCCUUUCACUAAAUCUUAUUGGUGUGGGACCAUACCAGUGACUGACGAAAACCCAGAUUUGCUCCAAGACUCCACUGAAUAUAACAAAUAUCUGGAGAAACCGCCACCUAAUAUGAAAGCAGGGGUCUCGGUGCGCAAUCUUGUCAAGAUCUACAAGACUGGAAAGAAACUCGCCGUGGACGGGCUGAGCGUGGACUUCUUCGAGAGUCAGAUCACAUCUUUCCUUGGCCACAACGGAGCUGGGAAAACCACCACGAUGUCCAUUCUGACUGGACUUUUCCCUCCGACAUCAGGAACAGCCUUCAUCAACGGAUACAACAUCUGCACCGACAUGGACAGGAUCAGGAAAUAUUUGGGAAUGUGUCCACAGCACAACGUCUUAUUCAAUGAGCUGACGGUGGAGGAGCACAUUUACUUCUACGCCCGGCUGAAAGGACGCAGCCGUGCCGAGGUUAAAAUGGAGAUGGACCAGAUGAUUGAGGACGUCGGUUUGCCGCACAAGCGCAAGGACCUCGCUAAGAACCUGUCAGGUGGGAUGCAGAGGAAGUUGUCCGUGGCCAUAGCGUUUGUCGGCGGCUCGAAAAUCGUCAUCUUAGAUGAACCUACAGCAGGAGUGGACCCCUACGCCCGCAGGGGGAUCUGGGAACUGCUGUUAAAGUACAAACAAGGUCGAACCAUCAUCCUGUCCACGCACCACAUGGACGAAGCCGACAUCUUGGGUGAUCGAAUUGCCAUCAUCUCCCACGGAAAGAUGCGAUGCUGUGGCUCCUCGCUCUUCCUGAAGAAAUGUUUCGGCAGCGGUUACUACCUCACUCUGGUCAGAGAUGGGACUGAAAAGAUGGCAGCCCAGCGUAGCGGCAUGAUUCAGGCCAAAAAGGCGCGACAGGAGACAGACUGUCCUUCCAACGGCAGCCUUGAUGAAGGAAUCAGCAGCCAAACCUGGAGCAACUCUGAUCCCUCAGAUUUGACGGCCGUGGGUGAACUGGUGCGUCGCCACGUCCCCGAGGCGGUUUUCUUGGAGAGCAUCGGUCAGGAGAUCACCUACAUCCUGCCCUACGGUGGAGCCAGAGACGGGACCUUUGCCCAUCUCUUCCAAGAUCUCGACCGAGCCAUGAAUAACCUCGGCCUGACCAGCUACGGCAUCUCCGACACCACGCUGGAGGAGAUUUUCCUGAAAGUGGCAGAAGAUAGCGGAGUGGAUGCAGAGAUAUCAUCAACAAAGGAGCUGUUGGUGAGAGAAAGAAGCGAAUCCAAGAGGAGGAGAAGCAGCAGCAGCAGCAUCGCCGGCGUCCGAACCAAAACUGAACAAAUCAAUGGAAUGACUGAUUUGAAGGAAAAGUUCUCGAGUAAAGUGGGAGACUUAAAGAAGAACGCCAGCCUCAGCGGGAGGGGAUCCACGGUCAUCACCGGGUGGAAGCUGAUCAGAAGGCAGUUCCUGGCACUUUUUAUCAAGCGCUUCCACCACGCCCGAAGGAGCCGCAAGGGACUCAUUGCCCAGGUGGUCUUGCCCGCUGUUUUUGUGUGCCUGUCUCUGAUAUUCUCCCUCAUCGUCCCACCGUUCACUGAAUAUCCAAGUCUGGAGCUGCAGCCGUGGAUGUAUGAUCUGCCUCAAACCACCUUUUACAGCAACGAUCUGCCAGAAAGCGCGGAGGUGUCCCAGGUGGUGGAAACCUUGCUGAACAACCCUGGAUUUGGGACGCGCUGCAUGAACGGCGACCCUAUACCGAAUCUACCUUGUACCAACAGUCGCUCUGAUUGGUUCACUCCCCCUGUGGACCAGUCGGUCACUGACAUCUUCCUCAAUGGGAACUGGAACAUGUCGAACCCGUCGCCUCCCUGCCAGUGCAGCACUCCUCAGCGGACGUUCAUGUUGCCUGACUGUCCGCCUGGUGCAGGAGGCCUCCCGCCGCCACAGAGAGUACAGAACACAACGGACACUCUACUGAAUUUAACUGGACGCAACAUGACAGACUUCUUGGUCAAGACUUUUGAACACUCUGGUAAACGAAGGUAUGGAGGGAUCUCUGUCGGAGAAGUUAAUUCCCAAGUCCGUCUCAACGACACAGAGAUCGAAGCCAUAUUCAGAGAUCUGAAAGACCUGUUCAGUUCGUUUCGGGAUAAUGUGACUGAUCAGAUUUUCCAGAAGGCUGAUACGGUGCUGAAGAGGCUGGGAACCAGGGACAACGUCAAGGUGUGGUUCUACAACGAGGCUUGGCACAGCAUGGUGUCCUUCCUCGGUGUGGCCAACAACGGCAUCCUGAGAGGUAAUCUGCCAGCAGGACAGGAUCCACGGAAGUACGGCAUCUCAAUCUCCAAUCACCCCCUCAACCUGACCAAGGAGCAGCUCUCCUACGCCGCCCUGGCCACGACCUCGACCAACGUGGUGGUGUCCAUCUGCGUUAUCUUUGCCAUGUCCUUCAUCCCUGCCAGCUUUGUCCUCUUCCUCAUCCAGGAGAGGGUGAACAAAGCCAAGCAUCUGCAAUUUGUCAGUGGAGUCAACCCAACUGUCUACUGGUUGGCCAAUUUUGCCUGGGACAUGUGUAACUACAUCGUCCCCUGUUUGAUUGUGAUUGUGAUCUUCUUGUGCUUCCAACAAAAAGCCUACGUCUCCCCUCCGAACCUGCCCGCUCUGAUCCUGCUGCUUGUUUUUUAUGGGUGGGCCAUCACCCCCAUGAUGUAUCCGGCCUCCUUCAUCUUCAGCGUUCCCAGCACUGCUUACGUGGUGCUCACCUGCAUCAACCUGUUCAUCGGCAUCAACGGCAGCAUUGCCACCUUCGUCAUGGAGCUCUUUGAUGAUGAUAACGUCACCCGCAUCAACGACAUCGUGAAGCAGGUGCUGCUGAUUUUCCCACAUUUCUGUCUGGGCAGAGGGCUCAUCGACAUGGCCAGUAACCAGGCGAUGGCAGACCUCUACAGCGGUUUUGGAGAAGACCGUUUCCAGGACCCACUGAGUUGGGACAUGGUGGGAAAAAACCUUUGUGCCAUGUCCAUCCAGGGAUUCGUCAUGUUUGCCAUCACAAUCCUCAUCCAGUACAAGUUUUUCUGCAAACCGCGGCUUGUUUCAGCAAAGCCGCUGGCUGCGGAGGAGGAGGACAUCGACGUCGCCCGUGAACGUAAGCGGGUUUAUGAAGGCAAAGCCCAGAAUGACCUCCUGAGGAUCUGCGACCUCACCAAGGUAUACCCUCGGAAGAGCACCCCUGCUGUGGACAGGCUAUGUGUGGGCGUCCCUGCUGCAGAGUGUUUCGGCUUGCUGGGAAUCAACGGCGCUGGGAAAACCACCACGUUCAAGAUGCUGACAGGAGACAUACCGGUCUCCAGCGGAGAGGCCUUCCUAAAUGGAUACAGCAUACGGACAGAAAUGAGGGACGUCCACCAGAACUUGGGCUACUGUCCCCAGUUUGAUGCCAUUGAUGACCUGCUGACUGGACGGGAGCAUCUCGAGUUUUACGCCCGAUUACGAGGGGUACCGGAAAACGAGGUUGCCAUGGUGGCCGAAUGGGGGAUCCAGAAGUUGGGUUUGGUCAAAUACUCCACCAAGUCUGCAGGAACCUACAGCGGUGGGAACAAACGCAAACUCUCCACAGCGAUGGCCCUCAUCGGUUCUCCUCCUGUGAUUUUCCUGGACGAGCCCACCACCGGGAUGGACCCCAAAGCGCGACGCUUCCUGUGGGACUGCAUCCUGAGCGUCAUCAAAGAGGGACGCUCAGUCAUCCUCACAUCACACAGUAUGGAGGAGUGUGAAGCCUUGUGCACACGGAUGGCCAUCAUGGUAAAUGGACGCUUCAAGUGUCUCGGGAGCAUCCAGCAUCUGAAGAACAGAUUCGGUGACGGCUACACGGUGAUCGUGAGGGUCGGUGGUUCACGUCCUGCUCUGAAACCAGUCGAGGACUUUCUCCAAGUGAACUUUCCAGGCAGCGUUUUGAAGGAGAAGCAUCACAACACUCUGCAGUAUCAGCUGCCGUACACUCAGGGAGCUUUGACCAGCAUCUUCAACCUGUUCACCAGCCAUCAGCAGAGGCUCCACAUCGAGGACUACUCAGUGUCUCAGACAACCCUGGAUCAGGUCUUUGUGAAUUUUGCGAGGCAGCAGCACGGGGAGGAGGAGGACGACUCUCAGGCCUACAACAAUCCAGUGGACAUUUCAGAUGAACUGCCGCUGGAGUCUGCGAGGACCACCAGAGGAACCGAGAAGGUGUGAUGCCCAGAGGAAAACGCAUUGCACUCAACAGCAGAUCAGCAAUAUACCUUGAACAAUUUGGAAUGAGUCUGAUCUGCCAGCAACAAUAGUGAAUCCUUAAACAGGGCAAAAAAUGUGAAUUUUGUGUACAAACAGGACAUUUUUAGCUGUAAUUCAACAUCACAGAAGGAGGUUUGUGCAGAAAUGAAUGGAAAAUGCAUCCGAAAUGAAUAUUUUCUGUAUCCCUGACAUGAUAACCCAGAUUAUUGUGCCUCAGUCGGUCUUUCAAACUUUUUCACUCCCCAAACACACCAAGGCCGAUGCAACAGUCGCAUUGCUCCCCUGUCCAAGUUUAACCAUCUGUAUCAUGAUUAAUUUACACCUGUUUAGCCCUCCGAACUCCAAGCAUUUUCUGGGCUCUACAGCUUUCCCCUGCAAUAUAAAGUCCUGCACCUCUAUGGAAACAGCACAGCCAUUAGUCGAAGUAAAGAGAUCUCAAAAAUGUUCUCUGUGCAGCAAAUCAAAUCUAGAAGGCCAUAAAUCAUUAAGAAAAGAAGAAACAAAAGUCAUAUUUCUUAGAUUUUUUUACAUAUUAAAAAAAAUCUGAAAUCAACAUUAUUUACAUACCUACAAAAACUGAUAUCACCUACAAAAGAUUUUACUUCCUACAUUUCAUUUUGGCUUGUCUCCUAUCUGCUCUAUAUCAACACAGCCUGCAGUUCAGCCCAAACUGAAAAAAAAAAAAGAUUUUUUUUGUCAGGCAACUGUCGGUCACAACUGAGUCACUAAUGGCUUCACGAUUACACCGAAGAGCACAGAUUUUUUAGUUUUUUACGGAUUCUAGUUAGCACAAAUGGCCUAUUUUUUGGUAUUUUUUUAAAAAAUGAAAUAUUUACAACAAAGUGAUUUUGAUUAAAUAUCACUAAGCUUCCAAUGAAAAGGGACGUCACAGAUGGGUAGUUCAAGGACUGUCGGGAAGGCGAAAAUCCAACGAUAACUUCUGGUUUUACCGUUUCUGGUUCUGAUGAAUGUAAUUUUGGUAUUUUUUUUUAAAGAUAAGUUGCCUUUUAUACCCACUUUUGAGGUUCAGAGGGUUAACCAAAAAAGGUUGUUAGCAUGAUUGUCCAUAUCUGCAUGGGUGAUUUUGUUGCCCUUGUUUAGUUUGUUUACUAAUUAAUCAAAAUCGGAGUUUUCUUUACAUGAGUGUCUUGAUAUAAGAAUGAAUAAGCCAAAUCACUUCUUUCUAUAACCAAAAAUCAACUUAAAAUACUAAAUCACUGACAAUGACUUGACAAUAGAAGAUUUCUGCAGCUCAGUUCAAGGUUGUGUGAGGAUAUAUUGCUGAUCCUGUUGUACCUCAGUGAGGGUGUGAGGGCCAGAUCAUUCCCUAUAAGCGUUGUGCAUUGCACAGCACCGAAGAUACCUCAGGCUUGACCUUUAAAUUUAAUUAUAUUUAACACUUUAAACAACUUUUUUACAUUUACUGUUGAUUCUAAUGAUGACAUGUUGAACUGUGUCACUGUGUGAAGUUCUGAUUGUCAACCUACUACUGCAGAAAGAUGUUUUGACAUUUAUAAAUUUAUGAAGGACUCCAGCAAGCAAGUACUUCAGAAUAUACAAUAGCACUAGCUCUCAAGUGAAUAUAUUCUUUCACAAUGUGCCUUCAACUUGUUGUAACUGAAAAGCUUUUUAUCGCCAGUGAAGAUCCUGCACUGCAACAUGUUUUAUUUGUCAUAAGAAGUUGUGUAUGCUGUUUUGCAUUAUUGUAACAUACAACGCAGUUUAUUGGGACUAUUUGCUAAACUCCUGCCGUCUUAGUUACUGUUGCUAUACCUAACAGAUAUGCACUUUACAUUGAUAAAACUGGCAGAUUUGCCACAAGCAUUAAUUCAGACUAUUUUUUGAAACCAUGGAUCCUUAAUGUCCUUGCUGAGUAUCUUUUUUUCAUUCUGAAAUGGCAACCAUCUCUAACAGAUCUAACCGGUAUAGUGAGCUAGCUAAUUAGAUUCAUACGAGCUGAGAAGUAAACUUGCAAGUUACUACUGUAAGCAAGUUUCUAUUUUAUUCUUAGUAUUUAUUGUUGUUUUGUUUUUCCCCUUGUUUUACACACCGCUUUCCAACCUAUUUAUUUACCAACUUCCCUUACUAUUUAUAUAAUAUGUUAGCAUGUGGGAAAACACAAAACUUGGCAGCUCUCUAGUACCAAAACGUUUGACUGUUUGUGGGAGGAGUUUAGCAAAUGGUCAACCAAAAAUAUUUGUAACUUUUGUUUCAUUCAUUUUCAAUUUGAAUUCAAUGACAACAUGCCUGCAAAAUGUACAACUAUGGUGUCAAAAACUUUGGAGAAACUAAAUUCAAAAUGAGGGAUGUUCCGAUUAAAUCUCAAUUUUGCAUUUUUUUAGUCAAUUGGUAAAAACAUGAACCCAAUCCCAAUCCUUUGUUUACAUCCACUGACACACAGGUGUCAUAAAGCAAGAACACAAUUUGUAGCAACACAGUGGGGAUUGUUAGUCAUAAAUAGUGAAACUCAGUUUGACCUAAACAUGUUAGCUCCAUUCAGAGCUCACUAAGCAUCACAGAACUCUUUGUCAUGGUGCCCAUUGCUAGCUAAACCCCCACAAUGCUCUUUGCUUGCCAGCAUGGAGUACUGGUAGUCCAAGUGACUGCCUUCUCUACUUGGCAACAAUAUUAAACAGCAAGAGGCUCCACCUGGUGGCACAACCAGGUAUUACAGCUAAUCUUCAACACACUUUCUGAUGUGCAUGUAGAGAUACAAUCAAAUAGUUGUUUUUUUUUCUGUCUUUUAAACCUUGUGGAGUCACAGUACCCUACCUGCUCCUCGCUACAUUUCAGAGAGUGUUCUAUCAGAACUUUACAAGAAGGUUCCUGGCCACCUAUGUAACAUUAAGGAACAGCUGGAUACAGAAAUACACCAUUUUCUUAACAUAUUGCAGAAAAACUUUGUGGUUCAGUACAUAUAGUAUCAGUUUGGGACUAAAAGUUAAAAUAAUUGGGGAUAGAAAAAAGCUUGAUCGGGACAUCCCUAUUCAAAACUAUAUAUCAGCUCUGUAUCCAAGACAGACUGUCACUCAGGGAUGUUUUAUGUGCUGUUAAAGUUCAGAAAUAUUUACAUGCUGCUAUAGUCACUGUUUGUAUGGUGCCAUUUACAUUCUGUCCUGCUCAUUAUUGGAAAACCGUCAGUGUCCAAGUAACAUAUUCUUGUGCAGCCUCCAUUACUGGGCACUUCUUUGUUCAGAAUUUAAAUAAUUCUCCUAUUCACUCAUCACAGGCACUUUCAUAGCUUGACAUCAUUUGUAUGCUGCGCUGAGUCCUCACAUUACUAUCACGCCUGCUGUAAAGAAUAAUGAAUCCUAUUUGCACUAAAUAUUGCUUUAUGCCAAGACAAGUGAUUAAACAUUUGCACAAAUUGUAAUGCGA